AUCACUCCCUACCUCGGUCUCCGCGCGAGAUUAUCACAGGUUCCGAUCAAUAGGUGGACAGUGUUGCUGCUGCUCGUGCUCGUGCGGAUGCUCAUCUUGUUUGCGCAGCUGAACACGAACCUUGUAAGCGCACAGCAGGAGGCUACAGCGGCUUGUUCAAAGGUGGAGGAUAUUGGGUCUACUUUGGCCUCGAUGCCACAUUAUCUCUCUGCCGGCGUCAACAAACUCGUCGCUGGGGGCGUUACUGACACCGUCCGCGGCCUGGUCAAACUUCUCAUCAUGAUUGUCAACGCCGUCAUGCAGACCAUCAUGUUCUUCAUCAAUUUCGAGUACGGUACGAUCGCCUGUGUGGCUGAUGACUUCAUCCACGGCCUCAUCACCGUCGCCUCAGACACCAUUGGCGCGUUGCUCAAGGAGCUGAGCGAAGGGCUCAAGGACAUCGCCAAUGGCCUGAGCAGUGCCGUCUCUGGAGUCGACGAUGCCAUCAAAGGGAUCGAAAAUACUGUCAACAGUAUACCAUUUGCGCCUCACAUCGACUGGCCCGACCUGGAUGCCCUCGACAGCGGAAUUGCUUCCUUGAAAAAUUACCAAGGCAUCGAUGCAAAUCAGACUGUUGCCGCGAUUAACCGCUUCAACCAGACCGUACCAGAUUUUGACCAGCUCGAGACAGACGUCCAGUCUGUGAUCAACAUCCCCUUUAAGGCUGUAGAGUUGCUGCUCAACGAGUCCAUCGGGAACUGGACCAUGGACCCGUCAGUUUUCCCGACGGCGAGCAAGCAGACCCUCACCUUCUGCACAGGCAACGAUGUCCUCACGCAGUUCUUUGAGGCUCUCUUCACAGUCGUCAAGGACGCCAAGACAAUUGCGAUUGUCAGCCUGAUCCUCGCAGCUAUCCUCGCAGCCGUCGUAAUGGCCUGGUGGGAAGUCAAAAGAUACCACAGGUCCGUGGCCAUGGCGCAGACCACACUCCACCGCCGCGAGCCCAUGGACAUCGUCUACAUUGCAAGCCGUCCCCUGACGGCGCGCACAGGUCUCUGGAUUGCUGAGAAAGUCUCGGCAGACCCGAGACGCCAGAUGCUCAUCCGGUGGUGCAUCGCCUACGCGACGACCUACACGGCGCUCUUCGUUCUGUCCCUAGCCGUUGCUGGUGCGUUGUCUGUGCUCUGUCAGUUCUUGGUCAUGCGAGCUGUGCAGAAGGAAGCGCCGGCUCUCACGCAGGUGGGCGGCUUCGUGACGGAGGUCAUUGACAGGCUGGAGGGGAUCUCGACGUCGUGGGCCAACGAAAGUAAUCAGGCCAUUGCGUCUUUUCAGGACGAUAUCAACGGCAAGGUCCUCGUAUACGUGUCCAACGCGACGGAUGCUGUCGUCAACGUGAUCAACGUCUUUGAGAACAAAACAGAGCAGAUUCUGGGGGAGGCACUCGGGACUGUACCCCAGCUAGAGAACUUUGCCAACGGGCUGCUCGACUGUAUCCUAAUCGACAAACUGGAUGAAGUGAAGGAUGGCAUGGAAUGGAUCCAUCAACACGCCCAGGUCUCUUUUCCAGCGUUUCCCACGGACAUCUUCUCACUGGGCAUCACCGCGAACUCUUCUUCUGCGGGAGACAACUCAAGCGUGUUCAGCCUCCUCGCCAGUUCAGGCAACAACACAGCAGACGAUAUCACAGGCGCCGUCGACAAGGUCGUUACCGCGCUCCGAACCAGCAUCAUCACGGAGGGUCUCAUUGCGCUCGUGUUGAUGCUUAUCUACAUCGCCUACGUUUUCUUUGCAGUCGCACAGGCG